AUGAAUUUGGAUAAUUAGCUCAAAAUUUAAAACCCUUUCAAAAAGGAGUCUUAAAAUAUAAACUAAAAUAACAAUGGAGAUAAUUUUCUAUUUACGCCAAAUAAUAAUAACUAAAAUAUUGAUGAUACAUAUAAUUUUCAUAAUAAUGAAUUAAAUUAAAAUAGUGGAUAUAAUGAAGAUAACAGUCAACCAAAUCAAAAUGAUUUUAACCAGGAAGCAGAUUCUUAAGAGAUUCAAAAUUUGGAUGCGAAUUAAUAAUAUAUAAAUUAGCAUUUAAUGGACUAUCAGCCAGGCAUGUUAGAUGAGUAAGAUGGAUAGCUAAAUUAAUAUUAAAAUGGAAUGAUAUAUUACGAUUAAGGUGAUAAAAAUUAAGAUUAUGAAAACAUUUUAAAUUUCAGUUUAGCUAAGAUCAACUAAACAGAAUAAUAUUUAGAUAAAUACGAAAAAGUAACUGAAUAUUUAUUGUAGGCUGAUAAGCAUUCUUUAAACGGUAUAAGAAAUACAUUAAACUAUCAGUAAAAUAAGAACUUCUUUUAUUAAGAAAAAUGUUGUUUGGAGAUUCUUCACUAAAAUAACUAAAUUUUUAAUUUUGAGGCAUACAAAUGUGUAAUGAUUAUGUGCGGAAUACUUUUAGAUGCUUCAAUAAGUCUAAUUAAAGAAAAAAGAUAUUAUUUAGCAGAAAAGUACUUACUAAGAGCCAAAUAUUUAACCGAACCUAACGAAAAGCAUUUAAGAAAAAAAAACUAGAGGAAAUUAAGGAAAUAAUUGAUGGAUGAGGAACACAAUUAAAAUAAUACUGAGGAAAAAAAAAAUAAUGAAAGUGAAAACAGUUAAAUUUAGUAAUAAAGCUCUUAUGAUGAAGAAGAUGAUAAUAAUGAAUAAGAUGAUUUUGAUACUAUAUUUGAAUAAGACUUAAGAUAUCAUGAUAUUAGAAUAGAAAUAGCUUUGAAUUUGUGUGAUGUUUACAAACAAUAAAUGAAAAUUAUUAAAAAAAAGAAAAAAAAUUAAUAGAAAAAGAAGUCAAUUCAAUCUAGCAGUUAGGCCUUUGAUAGUGGCAAUAAGAAAUAUGAUUUUGCUGGAAAUGAAAUUGCUGGUAUGAAAGAGAUUAAGGAGGAGCACGAAUUAGAACUGGAACAUGAAAAAUUUGAUAAACUAAAUGCUUCUCCUCCAAUUUAAUCAUCAGCUAAUGCGUCACCAAAUAAAGAAAAAUAAGUAUUUUUCGCUCCUUCUCCUAUUUAAUCUACAGUUGCCCUCUCAAGAAAUGUUGGAUAAACUUCUUUAAAAAAUAUCAAAGACGAUGAUAUUUAAAAAUAAGAUAUUGAUUAAAAUAAGGAAAGCUAUCAAUAAUUACUUUUACGGUAAAAGCAAAAGGAAAUGGAUGAAGAAGAAGAAAAGGAUGAAGAAGAAAAGAUAAAUGAAAACAAACUGGAAAAUGCAAUGUAGAUUUUGAAUGAUAUAGAAUCCAAACUUACUGAUGAGUAUAUUGAAUAAUCAAAGUAGGAUCUUAAAGGAACUCUAUGCAAAUUUUAUGCAAAAAAAGUUGAGGUAUUAGCUGAGUUAUUGAAACAUGGGGAAGACUAAUAUGAGGAGUAAGAGAUAAAAGAAAUGUCUUAAGAGUUAUUAGAAUGUGCACAUUUUGUAAUUGCAAGACUAGAGUCUAUACUUUUACCUCUUAAAGCAAAUGAUUCACCUGAAUCUCAAGAAGAUUAAGUAUAUUUGGCUAUUAUUCUCUCUUACACAUGGACUAAACUGGGUAAAUAUAGACUAAAAACAUAGGAAAUAGAAAAGGCGAAAUAAUGUUACAAAAAUGCAUAUGAAAAGCUUGUAAAUUUUUUUAAAGAAGGAUAAGACAGGAUGAUGUUAUAAUAUAAGUUCAAGAGAAAAUAUGAUAAAUUAAUUGGUAAAUUAGAAUUUGAAAAGAUUGAUGAAGCAGAAAUUAUUGAAUUCAGCUAGUUUUAAUAAGAAUAUGCUAACAAUGAAAAUCACAAAAAAUAAAUGAAAGCAGCCAAAAAGAAUUAUUUAGCGUCUAAAAAAGGUAUUCCUAUGUCAGAUAUUUAGAGUCCUUCAGUAUAAUUCUAUAUAGAUCCUGAAUACCUAAACUAACUAUAAAAUCACCACACAGUGAAAUCCUUAAACAAAAAUAGGUAUUUGAAAAAAAUUCCUAUUUCACACCCUUUUGGAUCUUCUCUGACUGACUAUGCUCAGCAAUCAAACAGUUAAAUUUAAAAAUAACCUAAUUCUAAUUAAUAAGGUUAACAGUAAGAAGGUAGAUAAUUUAAAUUCAAAAAAAACCUUUAGCUACAACUUGAAAACUAUAAAAGCUAAAUUCUUGGAUCUAAUUCUACGAGUUUAAUGAAUUAGCAACCUUUUAAUGCCAAUUAACAAAGCCAUGCAGAUGAAUAUUUUAAAUUACCAAAGUCAGUGGCAGGAAAAUAAAUUGAGUUAUCACCUGAAGAAAAAAGUAUUCCUUUUUUAGUACCUACAAAAAAAAUCAGAUAACAUCCUUAAAGUGCAAAGGCGAGAGGCUCAAGCAGCUCUAGGGCAAAAAAUUAUGAUAAUAAUUCAUAGCUAGCAAAUGAAUAGAAUUACUUUAGUAAUACAAAUUUAAGUAAUUAAGAAUAUAUGUAACCUACCGCUAAUAAAUUUCAUAGAAAAGCUCCUUCUUUUGCAAAUACUUUAACUAAAAUUAGUUCUUAAAGCACUAAAAAUCUUUAUUCCAAUAACAAUAAUGAUGAUAUUUAUUAAAAAAAUAACAAUCCUGAUUAACUUUAAAAGAAUUUUCUUUCAUACACUACUGUUGCUUCUAAAAAGAAUUCUUAAGGAGAUUUUAAAUUUAAUUAAGAGGAAACACAGUCUCAAGUUCCUCACUCCGUAUUUUCUUAUUAACAAAAAAGUCUAUCAUCAAAAGGCAAUAACUAUUACAAGAAAAAUGAAGAAGAAAAUACAUAUUAAUCUAGUUUAGAGUAUUAAAAAUAGUUAGGAGGAGGAGUAGGAUCAUAAACAAAAGAUGAAAAAAAUAACUAAUCACAAUAAUUUAUGCCAGUUUCAAAUUCUAAAAAGCUAUCACUUCACUAAUAUCCUUAGCAUUAAGGAAUAUACUCAGGAAAAAGAAUAGCAAGUGCUAAAAAUCUUACUCAAAACACUAAUAUUUAAAAUAAAUAAAUUCAAUCAAUAGAAGCAUACAAUUAAACUGCAAUUUAACAACCCCCAUUUCAAAACAACUUAAUUGAUCCAUCUAAUACAUCGAGAAGCAAAUUAGAAAAUGCAAAGACUAUAAGAAAACCUAUGACAAGAAUUAAUUCACAAAAUGAUAUUUUAGAGAGUAUUAUGAAUUUUGUUGAUUAGAUAAAUGAAGGUAAUAAUAAUAAAAAUAGUUUUGCACAUUCAAAUAAAUCAACAACUAUCUCUACCUCUCAUAGAAAAGCUUUUAGUUCAUCAAGACCCUCAUCUUCAAUUAUCUAUUUUUCAACAAAUAGACUAUUUAAUAAUAAUAAUCCUAGUUAAUCAGUGCAUUAGUAGUAUUAACUACCUUAAUAAUAGGUCUAUUAAUAAGGUGUAAUUUAUGAAGGAAACGAAAUUUAAGAUAUUUCGAAAUAAGUAACAAAUGAAGAAAAGUAAUAGUUACAAUUUUUAGAAUAAUCCUCUCAGGAUUAGUAAAAUCUUUAAAAGGCAGUUGAGUAAAUUAAAAAACCAUUAGAAGGUAACAAAUUUUUAAUAAUUAACCAAAGACCAACAAAAAAUGCUAAAAAUGUUGAAAAAAUAAUUGACACUAUGGGUAAUUUAAGAGUUUAGUUGAACAAUUUAUUUGAUACAUCUAAUCAAUUAAAGACACUUUCUAAUAAACCUUCCACAAAUUCAUAAAAAAUCACUCUUAAGCUCACGAAAGAUCAAGAUUAACAAUUUAUGAAUAUUAUAUGUAACAGGCCUAGCUUAAAAACUGACCAAGGCCAAGUAAACACUAAAAAACAAAUUAACUCAUCUAGAAAAAUGUCAUCUCAAUAGUAAAUAUAAGCGCAACAAUAUAACAUACAGAAGAACAAUCAACCAAGUUAAAUAGCAGAAGAGGAGUACUACAAUAACUCAAAUAAUCAACUGUAAACAAAAAAUGGCUAAUCUGGAGGAAAAUAAUCUUACAGAAAUUCAAUAAAAGCUCCAUAACAAAUGUAAGCUAGUCAAUAAUAAUACAAGAGCUUAACACAAUUUGAUGAUAACAAUAAAAAAGUAUAAUCUGUUAGACAACUAUAAUAGGAUAGAAAAAAUGAAGGAAGUUAAAAAAGAUUAAAUACAAUUGAAAAAUAAAAUAGCAGAAUUAAAGACGUGUCUUAAUUGUAUUCUUAAUAGCCAAAUUAGUAAUUGUAAUAGCAAGUAGGAAGUAGUGCAUUUAUUUAGAUUAAUUAAAAUUAAUCUAACAACAACAAUCCAUCAUACAAUUCCGUAAAUGUAAAUCAAUAUAUCGCUCAUAGCAGUUAAUAAGUAAAAAUUCCUUAGGGUGGCUCUCCUAAAGCUAAGGAUAAGGAAAUUUAAAUGGAGACAAACAGAAAUAUUACCAAUAUAAAUAACACAAUUAUUCUCAAAAGAAAAAAUACAGAAAUAUUUCAUGAUGCUUCUUAGAUUUCAGCUCAGCCUCUCUUUAUUUAAUAGAACUAGAUUUCUAAUUAGGAAAACUCUAGGUUACUUAAAUAAAGUAAGCAAGGAGAUUAGAUAUUAGCCAAUAAAUCAGGAUUUGUAAAUAAUUCAAAAAUAGAAGAUAAAUAAAUCACAAAGCCAGCAACAAUCAGAAGACUAAGCACAAAUAUUAAUGAAAGUGUGUUUAAGAGACAGUCAACAGCAAACUACGAAUAAAUACAAAUUGAUAUUUAAACAAAUCAACAAAAUAAUGAAGAAGAGAAACGUUUUAACAGCCAAUUUACAACUCCUUUUCUUAAAUAGAAAUUUGAUUAAUUUGAGAACAUGAAUAAUGAUAGAAUAAAUAAGGACUAAAACAAAAUAAAUGAAACUUAGAGCUCCUAGGAAGAUGAAGAUGAAGAUUCAAAAUUAGAAGACUCAGAUGAUUAAUAAAGAAAUGUUCCUAAUCAAAUGCUAGAUGAUUUAUAGAAUAAUUAGAUUGAUGAGCUUAAAGGUGGUGAUGAAAACUUUAAUGGAGAUGAUCUAAAAAAAUCAGAUAAAAGGCUAGGCAAUAGCAUGAAUUUAAAAGUAUCAAUUGUUGGUGGUACUUUAGGGAAAUUAAAUCAGUAAUCUCCUGAUAUUUCUCGUUUACUUAGUAGCUAAUAAGGUUAGCUUGAUGUUAACAAAAGCUAUGGUCAACAUUUGCAUGUAACUGACCAGGGCAUAUCAUCACUAUAAUAAUCAUUCAACCAACAAAUUCAAAAUAAUAUUUAGUCAAAUUAUGGAGCACAAGAUAAAUCUACAAUGAUAAAUAAUAGCUAAAAUAUUGCAAAUGCACUUAUUGGAAAUACAAAAGGAAUGAAUGUUUCAUAAAAUUUGAAAUAAUAAAUUGGUAUUUAAAAUAGAGAUUAGUUUCCAGUUAAAACUAUUUACUUUCCUUCAAUAAAAUAAUCUAAAUAUUUAUUUGUACAAAAUAGAAUAUAGGAGUUAUUAUUUGCUCCUUUAUAUUUUUAUAAAUCCUACAAUUAAUACUCUCUUUGCUAGUGGAAUGUAACAAAUAUUACUAUUGAGCUUGAAAAUGUAACUGCUUAAGAAGAUGCAGAAGAUAUCGAAUAAGUAUUGAAGGGUAAUUCUAAAGAUUACAAAUAAAAUUAAGGAGGUCUGCCAUUUACAAGUGACAAAAUAAGAUAUGAUAUCAAGUUGUGUAUAUUCUUAGAAUGCAUCAUAACCGAUUAGCAUAUUAUUAGCAAUCCUUUAAUCUUCUACUUAAAAAACUAACCUUUAAAUUUUAUUGAUCACUUAUGGCCAAAUGACAAAAGUAAAAUAGAAACGAAAUACGAGCUAGCUAUACUCUUACUUGAUAGGUGGAUUCGUGAAAGGGAUUUAGAUGCAGUGGAAGAAUUUUACAAUAUUGGUCUGUCUAUGUAAAAUAUUUAAGUGCAGUUUGUGCUCAGAGGAGGAAAUUCAUUUUUAGAUUUUUAAAAUCUUAUUCAAAAAGAGUAAUCACAAUCAGAGACUAUAUAAAAUGAUUAAAAUUUUGAUUAAAUCAGAGUUUUUGGUUUAAAAUUGAACUUUAUUAUAAACAAAAUUGCAUAAGUUAUGAAAAAGGUCCACGGAGAUGUUCUUAAAUUGCCAACAGAUUUGAAUGAUAUCAUUAACCCACAGCUAAAUAUUAGACAAAAUAACCUUAAAAGUCUUAGGAGUCAUUAGAAUAAAAGAAGAGAGCUUAAGAAUUACAUUUCAUACUACAAUAUUGAUUAGUAUAUAGUAGGAUAAAUCUAAUAGCUUCAAACUUAUAAAAAGAAAAAAGUUAACUUAUAGAUUUCAGAUUCUAUUAAUUAAAAAUAAGAUGGAGUAACUAGAGAAAAAGGGCAUACCUUUAAUGAGCAUAAUGUUAAAAAAUAGAACUCUAAUGUAGAUUUAUAAAUUGAAAUUGAUUAUCAAUAGAAUGGCUAUUAGCGCAUUCCAUUAAAUAGAGAAGGAUCAAAUGAAAGUCCAAUCUUUUAAAAAAACACAGAUACAAAUGAACUGAGUGAUUUUUAAUUACAAAAGCGUCUAUCUUUAAAUAAUAUGAACUCAUAUCAAUAAAAUCCAACAAAUUCAUCAAAUAGUAAUUCACAAAAUUAGAGCAAAAUACCAUUUUAUGGCCCAUAAUAACCUUUUUAGCUUUAACUUUAAUAAUCAUAACCUAGCAUAAAUACUCCUGCAUUCAGUGGGAGGUUUUCUUAAAAAAAACUUAAUAUCAUUAAUCCCUCAAUUCAUAGUAUUUAAUCAUAAGGAUCAGGGAAGAUAUAGGUAAAUACUUCUCAAAGUUCAGCUAGAUUCCAAAAAUACUAAUAUCUUAAAUACAAAAUGAAGGAAAGAGUUUAUUAGGUAUAAAAGGAAUCAGAAACAAGCAUACCUCUUGAAACUUAAGUAAACUUUGAUUUAGGUAAAAAUUAGAAUCAACUAAGUCCAACACUACCAGUAAAUUCUCUAUCUGGUAAUAUACCAGAUGGAGAGGGAACUUAAGAAAGCUUAAUUUAAAACAACAAUUAAAAUCAGAUCGUGCAAAAUGGGAAAUUUGAAACUGAAUACUCUUCCCCAAGAUAAAAUCAAAAAAAUUCAAAGAUAAUCAUUCCUAAUAUAUUAAUGUAAGGAUUUAGUAGUGUUGUUGAAGACUAAGGUGCUGGUGUAAGCCCCAAAUAAAGCAAAGAUAUUUCAAAUGAAGAGCAAAAUUUGUUAUUAUAGAAAGAUGCUUAAUUAUAAGCAGAAGAAUAUAAAAAAAAAUACGAAAUAACGACUUAAUCAGUUCCUAAUACUAACAAUAAUACUCCACAAGCAGUCAAUAUUCAUUCACUUAUGAUUCAUCAAAAUUCAUUUAAUAAGUAGAAUAAUUUGAGAAUAGAGCAUUUAAAAAGACAAAUUAGGGAUAGUUUAUAAUCUUAGUAAUAGAAUUCAUCAAAUUUAAACGAUAAUUCUUAAUCAUAUUCUGAAUCCCCUAGGUCAUUCAUAGGAAAUAGUUCUUAAAAUAAUUCAUUUGCAAACAGUAGCUAUAAUUCAUCUGCAACCAGCCCAACUAACUUAGUAGGUCAAAAUACCCUUUAAAGAAUGCCAUCUAUGCUAUCUAAUAAGAGUUCUAAAAGUAAAUUUAGUCGAUAUGCUCCAGUAAAUAAUGAAGAAUUAAAUGACUCUAUUCAAAGCCCAUCUUAAGCUUUGAUUCCCUAAAACAAGAAAAGUAGCUAGUUUGCCAAACAAAAUAUGAAAUUCGAUAUUAUAGAUGAUGAUUCUUAAAAGACACCCAUAAUGAGUUAACAAUAAAGUGAAAGUGUUGAAUAUUUCCCUACUAAUAAUAAUGAAGAGGCAGUUUAGGUGUCGUCCUAUAAGUUUGUGUUUAAUGACUAACCUAUCAUAAAUUAAAAAUAAGAAAAACCAGAAAUAAUUGUGAAAGAAUAUGAUGUUGCUGAAGAUAAAUCUGAGGAAAUUAUCUAAAAAACCGAAGAAAAUGAAGAAUUUAUUUAAAAUAAAAUAAUAAACAAUGCUAUAUGUGGAGACCCAUUCGUAGGUCUUCCAGAUACUUACUAAUAUACCACAUUUACUUUGAAUCCAUUUAUAAAUAAUGAUCUUCUUCUAAAAACAGUGAUUAAAAGAGAUAAAUUAUUUUUCUUCGUACAGCUUUUUUACACGUUUGAGCCAUAGUUGGAGCAGUAUAUUUAUUACUAACAAGCUUUAGCUCAUUCAUAUUUCAUACUGAAAGUAGAUUCCAUGAUCUACAAAAAUGGUUGGGAUAGCGAAAUCAUCCUAACUUUUGAAUAAGUAAUUGAAAAAUUAAUACUGCCUUAUACUAGUUUUAGCUUUUUUAAGUUUCUCUAUGCUAAAGGAUUUACAGCUAAACAGAAAGACUCUAUAAAGAAAGGUCUUGAGAAAUAUUUAUAAGUAAAAGACUGCUAAUUUAUUAUAAAUUGGGAGUAUUCAACAGAAAAAAUAUAAACAAAGCAUAAUAUAAAUGAUAGUUAGAUAUAAAAUAAACCUCUAAAUGAGGAUGAAUAACUAACUAAUGAUAUUAAUGAUGAAGAUAAGAACAAUGAUAGCAUUAUCAUUAAUAAAAAUAAAGAUAACGAUUAUCAAUAAGAUAACUCAAAUUAAAAUAAUCCUAUUCAACUUUAAAUAGAAUAGAAUGUUUAAAAUAAUGUUGGUACCUAAAAAAGCUCUUAAGAAUAAGGCAUUCAAAAUAAGAAAAAGAAACUUUAAUUUUCUGAUGAAGUUUAGCAAGAUUACUAAAAUGAACAAGAAAAAGUGAUCAGUUAUUACUAACAGCAAUUGAUUUUAUAAAAUUAGUCUUAACAAGAACUAAAUUAAAUUAUUGAUGGAACUAAAUAUGAUUAUAAAUUGAAAAAUAAAAACCUUAGUGCACUAGAAUUGGGUUUAUUAGGCGUUAAUACAAUUUAAUCAGAAAAAUAAACUACUACAGCUUACUAAUCAAUUUCAGGAAAUAUUGAGAAACAAUCACAAUAAUUCAAUUAUAAACUUCCCACUUUGGCAAACGAUACAGUAGUAACUGAAUUUAAAAGUAAUUUAGACAUCAAAUUGUUAUCACAAUAAGGGUUAGUGAAAUUAAACAAUUAUGAAACUCCAGCAAGAGAAGAAGAUUAUUACAAAACAUUCAGCUUGUUAAACAAAAAUGAGCUUUCAGUCCUUCUAAAAUAUGAGGAAACUGAAACAAAAAGUUAUCAUAAACUCUUAAUCUACAAACCAUUGAGUAGGAAUCCUCUUAGCUCUUUAGAAAUUACUGACCUAAACAUAUUAGAGAGGAUGUUAAAUUUAAAGUGGCUUGACGCAUAAACAAUAACUCUGCUUAAAAAGUAAGAUGUCUAAAUAAAAAGAAAAUUAGUAUAACCUCAUAUAAGCUAAGGAUUGACAUCUAUUGAAAACCUUAAGAAAAUAAUAUUUAAUUAUAUUCUUUAAAAAAGAACUCAGAUGAAUGGCUAAAAAACAAAUUUACUUCCAGUCUUUUCAGUUGAGAAUCAAAGGAUAAGGCAUAAAGUUUUUGUAAGAAACAACCAAAAGCUACAAAAUAUUAGCAUGCUACUACUUGAAAACAUUAAGAAGAAGGAUAGAGAUGACAUGAGUGUACAAAAAAGAUAAAAUGAUAAUGAAUAGCAAAUGAUUAAUGAAAAAAUUGCUUAAGAAAGAAACUUCAUCUAUUAAAUAAAAUAUGCAAUACUAUGUUAUGAUAUAAAUGAUGAAUGGCAAUUUUAGCAAAAUGAUAUUAUUCAAAAAUAUUUUGAAAAGAAAACAAUAAAGGAUUUUGCAUGUAUAAACAUUAACUCAAGAUAGAGUAAAUAUAAAGUUUUUAUGAUUUUAACUGUGUUUCGUACAAAGAUCCAUCUUAACCUUGAAAAAUUAGUUUAUUUGAGAAUUGAUAUAUCUCCUCUUAUUGGUUAAAGAAAUAAAUAAUUCAAGUUGAUUUUUGAGCUCUCUGAUAUUUUAAAUUUGUUUGAACGCUCAUUUUCUUUCGAAAACAGUUUUGAUGAGCUCAUUCUAUUCAAAAUUAUUUAAAAAAUUUCAAAAUGCCUUGUUUAUUCAAAAUCUCAAAUCUACAAAAAUUUUUCACUACCCCUUACUAAAAUAAAUCCCUAACAAGUCGAUAGACAUCAAUUUUGUUUGAUCAACAGACUCCAAAUAAAGCCAUCUUACCACCUAAUCCCUAAAGAAAUCACUAAAAAAUCCUUCCUUGAUAUUAUUUAAUAAGGGGAAAGAGUUUUAUUUUAAGGAGUUAAAAGAAUACUAAAUACAUAUGCAAUAAUAACAAUAGGAUAUUAUAGCUAGCUCGAUUACUAUUAUUUGCAAAUAUAUUUCCCCUUUAAUUGCAGGAGAUUUACAAACACGUUUUAUUCUUCUAACUUAGCUAACUUGUCAGGCGAAUAUAUGAAUCAUAUUUUCAAAGAAAAAAUAGCUAAAAGUAACGUCUAAGAUCUAAAUAAAUCGAAGGACUAUUUUUCAUUUAAUAAAAAAUUAAUAAAACUCGACCCUAGCAAAUAGAAUCAAAAUUUAAAUUAAAACAAAUAGAUUAAAUAGAAUACAGUGAAUUCUUAACUUUUGCCAUCUAAUAAGCAUAUAGGUUCAUAGAAUUUUCUAAAUCCAAUUAAAAUUUAAAGUCCAUAAAUUCCUAUAGAAGAAUAAUUGGAGUCGUCUGUAGAAUAAAAAUAGAAUGCCUUGUCAUUUUAUGUUGACCCUAGUGUAUUCCUUUAGUUGAUACAAUCUAAUCAAAAAAAUAUUAUCACAGGGCAUAAUUUUAUAGAAUUGAAUAUUUGGGAGGAGAUUGUUAAAAGUGUCGACAUUUCCAUCGAUAAUAAUGGAGAAAUGCUUCUCACUAUGGACAACUAUUCUGGAGUUAUGCGUGAAUACUUGAUAAAAAGUGUUUUAAAUUUUUCUGGAAAUAAGAGUGGGUUAUUUGAAGUUUUAAUUCGCUUUAAAGAUUAAAAACUAAAGUCAGACAUAUUUAGCUCGCCAUAAAUAUAAGUGUAUGAGAAUGAGGAGGAAAAAUUGGAUAUGUAUGUCCGUAUUAAUUUUUUCUAAAAAAUAAACUCUAUUAAUGAAAAGAUUCUGUUGAAAUAAAUUUUAUAUUCUUAUUAUAAAGAGAAUACUUCAAAAUUCUAAAAUACCCCAAAAUUGUAGCACCAUAAUAACUUAUUAAAUCUCGUAGGACUCAACUAGCAAGAAAACAAAAACUAAGCAUUCAGAGGGGAAUUUGCAUAAACAUAUAACAAUUAAAGUAUUUAGAACUAAUUUGAUAGUAGUUUUUCAUCACCCAACAAUAUGAAUACAUAAAGCGAAGAAGAGGCCUUCUAAAAUUUUUCUGAGCGUAGUUUCAAUCACUCUGAUUUAAUCUAAGUUUCUUAUUUACUACUUGAUCGUAUAAGGACAAGUAUUUAAGAGAAGCAGAUGCAUGUAAUGAAAUUCUAUUAGCACUAAAAUGAGAUAUUUGAGACAGGUCUUGUUGAGGAUAACUAUGAAGUAAAUGAACCUAUUGCGUUACCACCGGUAUAACAUCAAUUGGCUUAAAAUAUAACGAACGCAUAUUUAAAAUUAAACCAAUUUUCUUCAGGCUAGUCAAAGGUCAUCAAGGAACAACAAAUAAUUGCUUAUUAACAAAACUUAAAUGAAAGCAGAAUAGAUUUGGUGUAAAAGUAAUAAAUAGUAAAUAACUUUAGCAAUUAAAACCUAGAUAAUUUUAAUAAUAGCAUAUAAAAUGCAGAAUUAUUCAAAUAGCUGGCCAUUAAUAGUAAAACAGAAAUAGAUAAAGUAGUUAAAACUAAUGCUUAAUUCGCAGUUGAUAAAAAAAUUCGCAAGAAAAUCAAAAUGAAUAAUAACAUGAAUAUAAAUGAGCUCUUGGAUAGCGAAAACAAGCAAUUUUACAUGAAAACUUUAUAUAGAGGCGUAUUCACUGUUAGACCUUUGUAAAUUAUAGCAAUAUUUUUCUAUAAAAAAUUUUAUGUGUAAAUAUACAAUACGAUAAAUGGAAAAAAUCUAAUAACUGAUCUGACUUUUUCAACAGUUGAGCACUAAAUCCCCUACUUAUAGCAUAUGCUAAAACUUGAAUUAUAUUAAGAAAUAGGGAAAAGAAUUUUCCUCUCUUUUAAAAAUCGCCUAAUGAUUAAAUCCUACCCGGAACUAAUUGAUUAUUGA